GUCAAUGGAGAGCAGUAGUGAUUUGAGUGUCAUACAGACAUGCCUUCGUUUGGACGUCGCAGUAGUUAGCCCAUACUGUACCGUCAUGAGUGGUACAGUCCGACAGAUUACUGUAGCUACUGAUCCAGGCUCCCCUUACUUCCUGCGAGUGGACUGGGCUUUCGACUUGGUGUCUGGGGUCAAAUUAGCUCUCACUGAUGGCAGCUCGGCGUGGAUCGGAGAGGUUUCAGAAGAUGACGUGACAAGGGAAGCCAACAAUCUGGGAGCCACAAGAGAAAGAUAUGUUGAGGAUCUUCUCCAAGCGCUAACAGGAGGUGAAGGAGGAAGGAAAGGAGGCGACAAGGAGGUGUAUUCUUUCCACGUCACUCCAGAUCACUGUCAUCUCUCAUAUCAGAAGAUCUGUAAUGACAUCUCGUUGCACUUGGGUUCCGUGGAGCUAAAGCCAGCUCCAGACCCGCUAGAGCUGAACCGGGAGAUGAUUGGCCAGUCCCUAAAGCGCAGUACAGAUCUGGAGUCCAAAAAUUGCCAUCUGUUGAAGGAGAACCGUAGGCUGAAACAGGAGCACCACAGAAUUCUCAGAGAGCUGGAGCAGCAGGUUGAGGAUAAGGAGAUGUUGGAGGGCGAGCUGUACUCCCAUUUUGUCACAGUGCUGAAUGAGAAGAAGGCCAAGAUCAGAGGCCUGCAGGAUGCUGUCCGCCAGCUCCAACAGACUGAAGGCCAGCAGAGAGAUGAGGAAGGGAGACAAAGUGACGAUGACACAACCCAGGGUGAAGACAACAGUCAGGACAAAAGAGAGGAGACCGUUCCGAGCAUCCAUCCACCUCAGCAGCCAACCAUUCUCCUCAGGGGUGAUAGUCUGGUGUGCCAUGGCAUCUCUGUGGACCGGACCUUUUCGGAUGAGGAAGAUGAACAGCCGAGACGGAAGCCUAGUUUGCUUCACAGCCCAGAACCUUCUGAUCAGGAAUAGAAACUCAGAUGACAUCCAGGACUCAUCAUGGACAUGAUUAAAGCCCCCUAAAUCUAAGUUUUUUUUGAUGAAAAGGGUUUAUUUAUCCCUCUCCAGCUAUGUGGCAAACUACUUUCAACUAGUCAACCCUCACCUCAAUGCUAGCAACAACAGUGACAACCUGGAAACAGUGGUGGGAGGUGUCCACAGAUUUGAUGCCAGAUUUUGUUCCAGAUUGAGAAAGCAAUUCUCAGAAAACCCGAGCAUGUUACUGCCAUCUGGUUUGCUUUAACUGUGACAAUUAUCUGCCACAGCUCUCCAGAGAGACUUGCUGCUUGUCUGUCGUCUUCAAUAAAUCAAAGACGAGCACUGAAUGACGCUAUCUAUGUUACCAAACACUCCAGACUGCGUUCUCCAUUCAGUGCUGCCGUCAAGACUUUACCCAGAUGCGUAAGUGGUCAUGUGAUAACAGACACUUAACGCCCUCCAGUGCUUCCUCGGGAACUGCUAGUGCUGCUAAUGAUUUGGAAAACAUGGUGGAGGAUCUGGACCAGCAGUAUGGAAGCAAUUUCCCAACAGUCUGACUUUGCCCUGAGCUCAAAUUUGGCUGCCAAGCCCCUCACCCUUGGCUCUGUGUGAGACCAGAGUAACAACUACUAAGGGACAACAGGUUACACCCUGAAAAUAGGGUGUCACCAACAACGAACCAAAGCUGCUUUGUUGCUGCUUAUUCAUCAUGUCUUGCUGAUGUUUUCCUCCCUCUUUUCAUUAUGAAAAUAAACUAUACGCCAUCUCUUUCAUUUCCACUUUCCAAACUAGCAUUUUGACCUCCCUCUUGUUUCUCGAUUUUCAUCUGCCCUUUUAUUCUGUAGAUGUGUUGUGCUCCAAACUACCUGAGGGGUGUUUUGCAGAGGGUUAAUGGGGUUGUGUUGUCUCUCUGUCUUCACCUCCUCACCUCUUCCUUUACCUCUGCUACCAGCUUUAGGUCCUGAGGUCAUCACAGUGUGUCUUCACACUGAGAGUAAUGAACCUAUGCAGAUAAUUUCUUGGUCUUUUUCUGACCAUUCUACCUUUGACUUCUGGACCUUUCUGCUGUCUUUUAUAAUUUUGAUGAUACUUGUAUGUCUGCUGAAAACCACAGGUGGUCGCCUAGAUAAUCCCACAACACGCGCUUGCUGGUUUAGUAAUCCCCACAGGAAUGUCACACUCGUUGCUCUACACAUCCCAUAAAUAAGGCUUUUUAUAAAAGGAAGGCCAGAUCAGUCUUAAGGAUCAUUUACGGAUGAGCACAUGACAUCGUGCCAUGAAGGGUCAGACAAAGUGUGAAGGACAAGAUAGGAAACUGUACUGAAUAAUUCAUUUUGUGGUUUCAUUCAGAGCAUAACGAUAGCAUGCAUUGAAUGCAGAGUAUUCUAAAACGGGCCAAUUUGUGUUGUUUUCUUAUUUUGGAUUGGAUUGGACGUUUUUCUUAUUUCAAUGGUUUCCACUUUCAAUCAGUUGAUUCAAGAAUAAAUAUUUUUAUUUUAUUUUGGAUAUACAACAAUUGUCCCUGGAAAUGUAUUACAAACACAUGAAGGAAAACGUAAUGUUUUAAUAUGUGAAAUGUUGUCAAUGUUCUUCAAAUGUGUUGGUACAACAUAAGGCAUGUUAAUUCCAACCUGACAUGAAUACAAAUUUUACUUUUCAAUAUUUUUGUCUUUUCAGUAUUUUCAAUAUCACACUUCAUUAUCCAAGAGACAAACGACAUGCAGCUAUGAGGAGCAUCCAUAUGGUUAAUAAAAGUAAAUUAAUAAUAAUUUAAGCUGAAAACCAUGAUGUGUCUUUGAUCGAACAUGUGAAAUGUUUGUGAUGAGAGGCUUUAUAUUGUACAGUGAAAACAUGAAAUGUAGAAAUGUCAGUGUAAAUCAGCAGUAUGAAGAUGUUUAUCGUCAGUAUGAAUUUUUAUUUAUACAAAAGGAAUGACGUGUAAUUGUUUGGAAACAACAAAGAAAAUCUCAGCAGCGGUACAUGGUGGCCCUUGUGGACAUUUGUAUAUCUAUGUACAACAUGCAUACAGUAAAGUCAGUGCAUAGAUAAUCUAGUUAAUCUUUAAUGAAUCCAGUUAAUUAGCAUGUUAAUGAGGAAAAGUGACUACUAUUAAGCAGCAGUCACCUUUCCAUUGUGUGUCUGUUUUUAUUUGAGCCACAAAAUAAUUGAGCUUUAAUAUCCAAUAAUAUAAGCUCAGAUGAAUUCCCAGGGAUGAACUUGCUCUGUUGGCUUGUCAUAGUAGUAUACAUUGUAAACAAUCAGCAACUAUGUCUUUAAAAGUCAGUAAAUGUUGAAUUCUAUUUUCCUCUGUGCAAUAGCAUUUUGGAAUAAAGUUGUGAAGUUACAACAACAUGGUCUUCUAGCAAGGGCAGUCUAGAUAAACCGGUCUAAACCGCAGUCCAUGCAGCUGAAAGGGUUAACUCUGUUUGUGAGAGAGCGAUGAUGGCUGUGCGAGGAUGAAAUUAAACGUUCAGUCACUUGCUUAUCAUCGUCAUUCACUUACUGCAUGCACCUGUAGGAUUCCCAUCAUCCAUUGGAAUAACGGGUCUUCCUGCUUUCCUGCCACCGAGCUGCAGAGAGACAGAGUGGUCUUUGUUUGUUUCUCACUGCCUCUCACCGCCACACUGUAAUGUCUGAAACAGAUUGGAUUUACACAUAGACUGUAUAUAAGAAGUGGAAGCCUUGAGUUUGUCAUUUUGACUGAUGCCAUCUUGUUUUUUGGCUGUUGCCAUUUUGUUUUUUUGGAAACAGUCGUGACAAGAGGGUGGAACUAAGCACAAGCGAACGCUGAGUAUGACAUUUUUAGGCAACCAAAACUGUUACGAUAACCUUUCAUAAACUGAAAACACACUGUAAAAGGGUUAAAGUUGUAAGACAAAAAAACGGACAACUCCCAGAGCGGACAAUGCCGUGCUAGCGACCUGUCAACCACAAAGUAGCCAGGCCCUAAAGCAAACCCUGCUUUAUUGUCUACGUUUCUCUAAAUGGGACUAUAAUUCACUGAAUGAACAUCAUGCUGUAUUGUACUUCUGUUCAAUCUGACUUUUUUUCCAACCAGAAGAGUCGCCACCUGCUGGCCAUUAGAAAGAAUUCAAGCUUUAAGGCACUUUAACAUUGGCUUCACUUUUGGUUGCCCCCACGAGUUACACAAGUGUUGUUUGAAAACUGAAAAUGACAACUAAUUUGAGAAUAUAUAAUCAAAUACUAGCUAUUACGUACCCCUUAGGCAUAUUGAACCAAUUGGUGAUGCUUCCAUUUUUGAUUGUGGUGAAUGAAACACAUUUUUCAAUUCUGUAAAACCAGUGGUACAAUA